UACCUACCGAAUGCGCCCACUACAUCGAUCGCGACGCGCCUAGCUACACAUACAACUACCCGUCACCUCGUUCAUUUCGCAUGGGAGCCUGCCAUGAAGAUCAUCUCGCCUCCCGAUAUCCACUACCCAAUAUCCAUCGGCGACCUCGCGCGCGACGCCGGCGACAAGGUCAAGCGUUCCGACCAUCUCUUCACCUAUUUCUACGAGACCACCGUCGAAGAGGGCAACAAAUGGGGCGACAAGGUCGAGGUCAAGAAGAAAUUCCCCGUCCGCUUUGAGUCCUCCCUGGAUGGCAUUGUCGAGAGGUGGUUUAUCAAGAAGGGCACCGUCAUUCAACGCGCAGGUGUUGCGCUUCUCGAUAUCGAAGAGCCAUGCACCCACGAGCAACAGUUCGGCGGCCUUUGCGUCAACUGCGGCGAAGACAUGACUGAGGUCGACUAUCUUACAGACAAAGCCAACAUCAACCGCGUCAGCAUCAACAUGACACACGGCAAUACCAGCUUCCUCAUAAGUGAAAAGGAAGCCAGUCGUGCCGAAGAAGAUUCCAAAUUGCGCCUGCUGAAAGCGAAGAAGCUUUCUCUCAUCGUCGAUCUUGACCAAACCGUCAUUCACACAACCUGUGAGCGCACAAUUGCCGAAUGGAAGGACGACCCAAACAACCCAAAUUACAACGCUGUCAAAGAUGUGCAAGGCUUCCAGCUGGCUGACGAUAAUGUUGCUCAUGUCGCAUCAAACUGGUAUUACGUCAAGAUGCGCCCGGGUCUGGCCGAUUUCUUUGAGAGCAUGUCAAAGCUCUAUGAGAUGCACAUUUACACCAUGGCUACCCGUGCCUAUGCCGAGGAAGUGGCCAAGAUAAUCGAUCCUCAGCGAAAAUACUUCGGUGACAGGAUCCUGAGUCGCGACGAAAAUUACACUGAUAAACUCAAGACCUUGCAUCGUCUGUUCCCCAACAAUAGCGAUUUGGCUGUCAUCAUCGAUGAUCGAGCGGAUAUUUGGGGCUAUUGCGAAAAUUUGGUCCGCGUGCCCGUCUUCAACUUCUUCCCGGGUGCUGGGGAUAUCAACGCUAGUUUUUUGCCGAAACAGCAAGAGCUGGUGACUCAAACGCCGAAGGCGAAAACUCCCGAGGCAGACGCAAAAGUCGAAAGCGAUCCGGACGCCGAAACCAUUUCUACCGUUUCCGUUGCGGGCAAACCGAUCGAUGCUACCUCUACAGAAGCCACGUCUACAGAGACUACUAAUGGUUCGGUUAACCUCGAGCAGCAACUCCUCUCUAUGGGUGCCGGAGAAAGUCAGGAAGCCCUAGAAGAACACCUCAAAGAACAGGAGAAAGUCAUAAAUACACAACAAACCGAGCGACCCUUGCUACAACAACAGCUUGUACUCGACAAGGAAGACGAAGAAACAGAAAUCGAGCAGUCUUUACAAACAACCGAAGACGGCUCUACCCAGUUCAUUGAGAAUCACAAGCACCGACACAGUGUUUUGCACGAUGAUGAUCAAGGGUUGAAGGUCAUCGAGGCCAACCUGAAGUUAGUUCACCAGACGUUUUACGAUGAAUACUUGAGGAAAAAGGCUAUGCCCUACAGUGGGCGCGUAGCGGAGCUCAAAGGCCACAAAAGUCCGAAGAAGCCGCCGUUGGAGACGGUAGUGCCUGAUGUGGCUGAAAUCAUGCCGCGGCUUAAACGGGAAACAUUGGAUGGUUGCGUCAUCGUCUUCUCUGGAAUCAUACCCUUGGGGAUGGAUGUCGAACACUCCGAUUUUGCGCUUUGGGUGAAAAGCUUCGGCGCUCGUAUUUCGACGAGCGUGAACAGACAAACGACUCACGUAAUUGCCAACCCGGAUCGCAAGACGACGAAGGUGAAGAAGGCGGCGCGGUACCCCAACAUCAAGAUUGUCAAUGCUGAGUGGAUGUUCCAAUGCUGCACCAAGUGGGAGCACGUCGAGGAAGAGCCGUACCUCAUCGAACUGGAUGAUAACGAUCGAACUGGAUCUCCCAUAGACGGCUUAGAAGACGACAGCCUUGAUGGUAGUGGAGAUGAAGGCGGCGAGGACCCCCAACAAUCUGUUCAGCUUGCCAUGUCGAAUGACGAGUGGGACUCGAUGAGAGACGAACUCCAAGACUUUCUGGACGAAUCGUCUGAUACAGACGGGGCGAGCGCUUCCGAUUCUGAAAGCGUUCGUUCGACGGACAGCGCCCAGUCUGAACGUAAAGCGAACAAAAAGAGGAAGCGAAGGACGAAAACUGAAUCGAAUGACAACAGUGAAGCCGAAGACAGUGAUACGAGCGUGAACAGCACGUCUAGGCUGGAAAGGAAGAAGAAGCGGACCAUGGAACGUGUGACGUCGUUGACGAACGUUACCAAUGCAGAAAAAUCUUCUGGCUUACCUAGUCCGGAAACCACUGGACCUGAGGAAGACCAGGUGGAGAACGAGGGCAAGGUCUUCGAUCCACAGGGUGGAGGUGCCGAUUUAGAUGAGUCGGACUAUGACAAUAGCUUGGAGGCGAUGUUCGUGGCCGAGUUUGAGAAAUCAGCGAGUGAAGAGGAGUAG